AUGUUCACUGUGACUCAAUGGAACUCCACUGGUGGCUCUGUGCAGGAUCUAGAUGCCAUCACCAUCUGGGCUCACCUCCAGGGCAUGCCUUUCAACCUAAUGCACCGGAAAGGCAUUAGUCUUGUUGCAGGACUAAUAGGAGAACCAAUAGAGCGAGACGAAUAUACUAUGAAUCUCGUGAGCCUAACUGAAGCUCAUGUCAAAGUGGAAGUAAACCUCACCAAACCCCUUCCUACUUCAGUGGAAGUCUCCAGGGAUGACGGCUCCAUCACCGAAAUUAAGGUAGUUUACCCUUGGGUUCCACCUACUUGCUCCAACUGUCAAAUGCUAGGUCAUGUCGCCAGAUACUGCCCGGCGCUCCCUCUUGCUACAAACGCUGUUAAAAAAUCAGGAAUGGAGACUCUAGGGAAAGACAAAAAGAAAGGCAAAGUAUCUCACCCACCAGCUAAGCCGCCGGUUAGCGAUCAACCUGCUGACGUCAGCUCCUCUGGCCCGGACAGAUCACCUAAAGCUUCUUCUGUGGUUCCCCCUCCAGCUUCUCUUGCCACCCCCAAAGCCCCCACUGAGGCUUCUCCCACUGCCAUAAACACCAAACCCUGUUCGCUUCAAUCAAAUCCCCUCUUCGAGCUGUUAAAAACACCCACCUCUAACACUUUUGCUGUUCUUGACAACACUGCCCCAAACACCACCAUCUCCUCACCACGAUCAAAUGACAUGGUGAUUGAUUCGACUUCCACCCCCUUUACAUCCUCUCUUCCGUUGGAAUCAUCUCCUGCCAAGGAGAUAAAUUCAAAACUUUUUUAA